AUGUGGCACGGUCUGCGCAAGCAAGUUGCCCAUUGGGCUCGCACCUGCAUCCCGUGCCAGACAGCAAAGAUCCAGCUCCAUGUCCGCGCACCUCUCCAGGAGUUCGGUCUACCUCACCGGCGGUUCGACCAUCUCCACGUGGACAUUGUGGGGCCCCUUCCACCGUCCCGGGGCAUCACCCACCUUUUGACCAUGGUGGACCGCUUCACGCGGUGGCCGGAGGCCAUUCCGUUGGCUGACACCUCAUCGGCUACGUGUGCUCGUGCGUUGUCCGCGCACUGGAUUGCUCGCUUCGGGGUGCCGGCGCACAUCUCCUCCAACCGGGGGCCACAGUUCACCUCCGAGCUGUGGUCAGCCAUGGCUAGCUUGCUGGGGGUGCAGCUGCACCACACCACGGCUUACCACCCGCAGGCUAACGGUCUGGUGGAGAGGUUCCACCGGCAGCUGAAGGCGGCAUUGAAGGCACGGCUCACCGGCCCGGACUGGAUGGACGAGUUGCCGUGGGUCAUGCUGGGCAUCCGGACCGCUCCCAAAGAGGACUUGGCCUCAUCAUCGGCGGAGCUGGUGUACGGGUCGACAUUCACAGUGCCCGGGGAGUUCGUGCCGUCGGCGCCAGAGCAGCAGGAAACGCCCUCCUCCACCCUUCAACGCCUUCGCGAGCGAGUUGGCAGGCUCGCACCCGUCCCGACAUCCCGCCAUGGGACAUUUCGCCCACACGUGCCAAUGGCCCUCACGGACUGCCCAUACGUCUUCCUGCGCCGUGAUGCCCACCGGACGCCACUUCAGAGGCCGUACGAGGGCCCGUUCCGGGUGCUGGAACACGGGCAGUCGACUUUUGUCCUGGACAUGGGGGGCCGGCCGGAGGCCGUGUCGAUUGACCGUUUAAAGCCGGCGCGCCUGGACAUUGACCAGCCGGUGCUGGUUGCUCAACCUCGGCCCCGAGGGCGCCCCCCCUCACGACUCCCUCCACCUGUCACUCCACCUGUCCUCCCGCCGGCCCCUCGACCUGUCCCUCCACCUACGCCCCCGCAAGCCCCGGGAUCUGCUGACUUCCGCACGCGGGCCGGCCGGGUCGUGCGCCCGCCGGUGCGUUUUGUGCCUCUGGUUCUGGGGGGGGGUCCUGUGGCGGCUCCUAAGGGUCGUCCCAGUUCACAGAGUAUUUUUGGAAACGUGAAAUAUCAUGAAGUGAAAACAACGCCAGAGGAAUUUGAAGGAGUUCCUCAAGAUCAGUGGAUGCAAAGAAGAGGUCAGAGAGGACCCAAGAAGACUGCAAUCGGUCUCCCGUUACAAAAAGCUCUAGAUCAGCUUGAAACCACUCCUGGAUCCACUUUUGAAAGUUUGGAAGAGGAGCUGGAGUCUCAACAACUAAUACGCCUAAUGGCUGCGAGAACUGAAACAAAGGAAUUAAAGGAAAGGGAAAAAGAAAUGUAA